CCUUAAAGGAUGCAAUGAACGCAGUGCCAAAUCGUGACUUUAUGGAGGUGCAUCCGCUGCAUCAGCAUCAGCCGCAUUGCAAGCAGCAAUGUUUUGUGUUCACCGAGAUAGCGGACAUUGAGCUUCCAGCCGAGAUAACAAAGUUUGGUGGUGGCAAUGAAAAGCUGCACUGCUCCAAUGGCGGCAUACCGAGCUACAAUUGCAAGAAGGACUCGUGCAGCGAGUCGUCCGUUGAGCGUCCUGGACGUUCGCGUAGCCGCAAAAUUCUGGUGGGCGUUUGCCUGGUCUUAGUCUGCAUUGCCAUGGCCGGCGGUAUUCCGCUGGCACUUCAAUUGCGCUCCUCCUCGUUGCUGGAGGCACGUUUGGCAUUUAUACGACGUCUGCUGACGGAGUCGCCGCUCAUUGAGGGCUCCUGGAAACCACCCAGUGAUGUCAAGCUGAACAGCAGUGGCAUGGCCGACAUAAGGCAGAACCAUAUUGGUGCCGUGCUCUGGCCUAUAGCUGUUCACUGUGGUGCCCAGUAUCUGGACGCAGUUCAACUGGUUCUCGAGGGCAUCGAUGAGGCGAAACGGAUCACAGCUGCCACGAAUUCGAUGCAUAUUGUGGAGUCUGCCGAUGAGAUGGAGCAGACCCACAUCAGAGGCGAGGUGGCCGUCCUUAUGGGCAUCGGUGGUGGUCAUGCCCUGGGCACCAGUCUCGCGGUUCUGCGCUCCCUCUAUCUGCUGGGCGCUCGAUUCGUUUCAAUUACCAGCCUGGAAUGUACAACACCUUGGGCUGCCGCAGCCAUACGGAGACGCGAUUAUCUGAUUGAGGAGAAUGUGACCAAUUCGCUUAACGAGUUCGGAAAGACAAUGCUUUACGAAAUGAAUCGCCUGGGCAUGUUGAUUGAAAUAUCACAGCUGAGCGAAACGGCAAUGAUAAUAGCCCUGCGCACCGCGAAGGCGCCCGUUCUCCUAAUGAAUGCCACGCCGCUUUCCAUGUGUAAUGGCACGAAUGUGGCCUCCAUACCGGAUCAUGUACUCAGCCUUCUGCCAGAAAAUGGUGGAGUCAUACUGCUAAACCUGGAGCGCUGUGGUGAUCGGCAGAUCAGCGUGCGCGAGGCUAUACUGGCUAUUAACUAUGUGCGAAAGAUGGCUGGCGUGGAUCACAUUGGCCUGGGCGGAGCCCCCAAAAGCUACGCAUUGUUGUUGGCCGAGUUGGCUCGUGAUCGGGUUUGGGGGAAUGCGGCUAUAAAGAAGCUGGUUGGCGGCAAUGUUAUGCGGAUUUUGCGUGAAAUUGAAGCUCUUAAGAAUCGCUUGCCCCUAUACGAAGAAUGGAUCCCACACGAGUCCAUCGAAAGCAAUUCAUAUUGCCGCUAUCCAGAGUCGUAAGCGAUGCGUUUUUAAAUUUAUUUUGUUUGACUUCCGUCAGUUAAAAUUCUCUGUGAGCUACAUGCUCAAUGUAGAUAAAUAAAUCACAGGAUGAUAGAAAUGAAAAUGUAUUUUGCCCUCUAAGUCGAGCGAGUGGCAGUUAAUAUUGAUGGUUAAUAUUGAUACACAUAAAUAAUUUAUUAAGAAAAAGUUUUUUUUCGCAAAAAAGACAAAUAUUAAUGUUAAAGUAGAUGCGAUAUUGACGGUCGUUUCUUAUACCAAAAUAUUUUAAACAUUUUUCUUAUA